AUGGCUGCCGAGACUGCUACCGCUUCCGCUCCCGCCCCUGCUGGCACUCGCCCGCAGAAGCCCGACGAGAAUGUCUUCAAGGCCGACCUCGAGAAGGCCGAGAAGGCGCACAAGGCCGCCAUGGACCGCCUGAACGCUGUCAAGGCCAAGAUCGACGUUGCCAUGCCCAACAAGAACAAGGACCAGCCCAGCCCUGUCCAGAAGCGUCGCCAGGAACUCAUCGCUCAGGCCAACGAGAUCCGCCAGAAGCAGGCCGGUGGCAAGAACGCUCGCACCUCCAAGCUCGAUCAGAUCAAGCGCCUCGACGAGCAGGUUCGCAGCCGCAUCUCCGAGCAAAAGGCCGCCAAGGCCAAGGUCCCCUACAAGACGGUCGAGGAUGUUGACCGCCAAAUUGCCAGCCUCGAUGAAAAGGUCAACUCGGGCACCAUGAAGCUCGUCGACGAGCGCAAGGCCCUGACUGACAUCUCCUCCCUGCGCAAGAUCCGCAAGAACUUUGGCCAGUUUGACGACUCCCAGAAGCAGAUUGACGAACUCCGCGCCAAGAUCAAGGAGAUCAAGGACACCAUGGAUGACCCCGAGCAAAAGGCCAUGUCCGAGCAGUACAACAAGAUCCAGGCCGAGCUCGACCAGAUCAAGGCUGAGCAGGACACCGCCUACAAGGGCCUGUCCAGCCUGCGCGACGAGCGCACCAAACUCCACGCCGAGCAACAGGAGACCUAUGCCGCCAUCCGCAAGGUCAAGGACGACUACUACUCGCAGAAGAAGGCCGCCAUGGCCUACGAGCGCGAGGCUCGCGAGAAGGCCCGCGAGCGCCGCGAGGCCGAGAACAAGCGCUACCACCUCGAGCGCAAGAAGGUUGAGGCCGAGCGUCUGCUGUCCGAGGCGAGCGACCCUGCCUUCCUCGAGGAGAUUCGCCGCGCCACCAACCUCCUCGCCUUCCUUGACCCGAGCCAGAAGACGGCCGAGAAGACUCCUCUCCUCGCUGCCAGUGGCUUGACCGCCCAGGCCCAGCGUACCGUUGACGCCACCGGUCUUAAGGGUACCGCCCUCAAGAAGAAGGAGGAUCGCGAGGACGAUUACCUCCCUGCCGCCAAGAAGGGCAAGAAGGGCAAGAAGGGUGGUGCCAGCGUCAACGCCAAGGGCUACAACUGCCCCCCCUCCGUCGUUGAGGAUUGUGCUUCCAUGGGAAUUGACCCUCCCAUGAGCGCCGACGAUGUCCCUACCGUCAUUGAGAAGGUUCAGGCCAAGCUCAACAGCUGGAAGGCUGAUCAAGCUGCCCAGACCCAGAAGAACAUUGACGCCGCCAAGAAGAGAAUCGAGGAACUUGACAAGGCCGACGAGGAAGGCACUAACGGUGACAAGACUGAAAAGGUCACCGAGGAUCUCAGCAAGGCUUCCAUCUCGGAGAAGCAGGAGGCUUAA